AUAAUGAAACUUUUAAUCCUGAUAGAUUUUUAAGUAAACAUCAUGGUGGCUCAUCUGAACUUUCAGAAUUUCAAAAGAUUUCUUAUACUCCGUUCGGUUGUGGUCUUAGAUCUUGUGCCGGAAAAUUAGCGGCUAUGAAUGUAUUGAAAUCUUUAGUUGUUCUAUUUUAUAGAAAGUAUAACAUAGAGUUAAAGGAUGAAAAAAUAAAAUAUUAUUGUAGUUUGUUAACUCAGGUUUAUGAUCUGAAAGUUAAGAUUAGUUUAAGAGAUGAUUCUUUAUAA